AUGCACGAAGACGACAUAAACGGGAUCAUUGAGCGCCUUCGCAACCAGCACUGGGCAUCGGCGAAUCAAAUGUCUCGAACUCAAUCGUUAACGCCCAAUCCAGCCGCUAGUUUUACGUCCGGCGACGACUACGAUCGUUAUAGCGACAGGCACGGCGACAGGUUAAGCGACAGGUUGGGCGACAGUCUAGCCGACAGACUAAGCGACAGGUAUGGAAGCAGACCGACUACACCCCGGUCCGGAGAUAGAGAAGCAACACGUGUCGGUGACAGACUCGGCGACAGGUUAGGCGACACGUACGGCGACAGGUUAGGCGACAGGCUGAGCGACAGGUUGAGCGACGCGGCGUCGCUGCCAUUGCGGACGCAGACGAGCGCGUCGGUGCACCUUUUAUCGAGUGUGAUUCACCAGGAGGUUCUUCCCGCUCUUCUGAACGACAAGACGACGACAGCAGCAUAUUUGAGCGAUAAGGCGAGGGCUAGUCGGCAGGUGAAGUGGAAGGAUUUGGAGCGUGAUGGUGUAGGGAGGUCUAGUAGCGUGGUGGUUAGCGAAGUUGCGGACGAGUAUGCAAAAGCCGGCCUGGAUUACCAUCGGAGAACGAUAAGCAACAGCGGGAUUCUUAAAUCGGAGCAGCGACCAGGGACUCCAUCCUCGUUAGUGGCUUCUUCGAGUUCGUCCACAGUGGCAUCCGCUAUGGAGCAGACGCGUAUCGUGGCGAAGGAAGCGGUAAGAGUUGACUCGAUAGUGGAGGAUCUUCAGGAGCAGCUUCGCCGGGCGCAGAACGAAGCUUCCGCCGCGCAAGACGAGUGCGCGGAGUUGCGCCGCGGGCUGCAGUCCGCCUGGGAAGACGUGCGGGAGCUUGAGGGAAAGUUUGAGGGGCAGCGGCGGGAACUGGAGGCACAACGGCGGGAUGCGGAGGCGGAGCGGCGGGAGAAUGAAGCUCGGCGGAAAGUGCACCUUGAGGCGCAGGAGCGGGAGCUUCAGGAGCGGUGGCAGGCGGAGAUGCGCCAGCAGCGGGAGCAGUGGCAGGCGCAGCUGCAAUCGGCGCAAGAUGACGCGCGGAUGCUCCGCGCGGAGAACGACGCCCUCCGGGGAGGGGCGGAGCUUUCCCGGGAAAGGUUGGGCUCCGCUCUGGCGGAAAGCCGCGAGUUGGAAGACGGGCUGCGCGCAGCGGAGGCGGAGAGGCGGAAGGCGGAGGAAAGUUUUAAAGAAACAAAUGCGCAGAUGGUGGAGUUGCGCGCAAGUGCGGAAGAGAUGCGCGCGCGGCUGGUGAAGGAGCAGGAACGCGCGGCGGACUUGGCGCUUGAGAACGGGAGGCUGCGCGGGGAGGUGCGCCAGUUGGCAAGCGCAAACGCGGAGCUCCGGCAGCUGGAGGAGGCGGCGCAGGCGGCGCAGGCGGAGCUGCGGAGAGCGCUAGAGGAAUGCGCGGAACAACGGGAGCAGCUCCGCGCGCUUGGCGCCAAAGGCGCGCAAACUCAGAAAGAGCUGGCGGAAGCGCGGGAGGAGAACGCGGAGCUUCUGGGGGAGCUGGCGGAAGCUAAGGGGAGAAACGAGGGCCUGCAGAAGCGGCUGGACGCGGCGGUUCUCUCGCGCGGAGGCGGAGGCGGAGGCGGCGUAACGGGCGCGGAUAGCCUCCGUGUGGGCGGAACGGCGGGAGAUGGGGAGGCGGCGCAGGCGGUGAAAGCGGAGCUUGCUGUUGUUGUCAGGAGAAACGAACAGAUGCGGAGAGACCUGGAGCUUGCCUGUAGGGAGAUCAGGCACUGGCAACGGCAAGCCGAGUCGCAGGUGAAAACGCAGGAGGGCGGGGCGGAGAGAAAGGAGGGUGAAGCCUGCAGCUGCGGCGGGUUCGGCGGCAGUAGCCCGGCUAGCAACGCCUCCCCCAGGCUGGCUCGGCCCGGAGCAACCAGGCUCGGCAACCUACGCAGCCCCGGCGGCGGUUCGGUCGUAGGCUCGGAGGUGGGAAGCCCGGCGGCAGGCGGCGGUGUUGGUGAAGGGGCUACUGGGGGAGGUUUAUCUGGGGGUAAUAAGGGCCCCAUGGAUUCGCUUCUUGUGCUGCUGCGGCAGGAGAACGAGCGGUUGCGAAAGUCGCUUAAAGAAGCAGAGGCGCGAAUAGAGGCUCUUAACGCGGAUGUCGUGACGGCGGAGGCAGCAUUGGCAGCAGCCCAGUCAGCAAGGGACGCCGCUGAGUCAGCGAGAGUGGCUGCUGAGUCAGCAAAGGAGGUUGCAGAGGCGGGGAAAAAGGUGGCGGAGGAGGGGAGGCUGCAGGCGGAAGAGGGGCGGCGGAAGGCGGAGGAGGGGAGGAGGCGGGCGGAAGAAAGUGUGCUGCGGAGCAUUCUGGGGGAAAGGGAGAGGAGAGAGGCGGAGAAGGGGCGGCAGGGCGGAGGGGAGAGGGCAGAAGAUGGGGGAUAUACAUAUAGGAUGGGUAGUACCGGCAACAGUAACGGUCCGCUUAUAGAGCAGCUCAAUAAGGAGAACCGCGGACUGAAGACGCUCGUCCGCUUCUUGCAGACGAUGCUGGUGAAGCAGGAGGAGGAAGCGUCCCACAUCAAACGCGAACUGGAAGAAUUGAGACGGAAAGCAGGGGUAGGCGCAGGCGCAGGGGCAGGGGCAGGGGCAGGGGUACAGGAAGUUACUCCGCUUAGCAGCCCUGCCAAGCCUGGCUCGGAGGCUCGGGCGCGGAAGCAGGCGGAGGAAGCCGCGAAGGCAGCUGCUUCGGGAGCUGCCGAGGCUGCACGAGCCGAAGCAGCAGCAGGAGCUGCGGAAGCGGAACGGGUGCAGUUACGGGCGCGGAUUGAGUUUUUGGAGAGGGAAUUGUGGGUUACAGAGGAGAGGCUGCGUCGAACGGAGGAGAAGGCAGCAAGGUUAGAGAGCCAGCUUGAGAGGUCCCAAUCCGAAGCUGCUGCUGCCCGAGCCAAUGCCGAUGCUGCCCGCGGGGCUAUUUCCGAGGCUGAACGCCGAGCUACCGAGGCAGAGCGCCGGGUCUCUGAGGCUACGGCUCGGGCAUCCAGAGCUGAAACUGAGGCUCGGGUGUCGAAAGCGGAGGUUGAGGGUCGGAUGUUCCGGUCUUCAGGGACUGAUGCUGGCCAGGUUGCCAAAGCUGAGGCUCGGGCAGCAGAAGCCGAAGCUCGGGCAAAGGAAGCCGAGGCCCGGAUAACGGACCUGGAGGCUCGGCACGAGGAGCUGACGCUUCAGCUACGGGCUGCGAAGGCCCGGACGGAAAAGCUGAGCAUGCGGGUGGUGCAUGCAGCACACGGUGACAAACGCCACGCGGAGGAAUCAGCAGCGUUUGCAGAGGCGAAGCAAAAGACGUUGAUCCAGCUGGCUGAAGAAGUGGAGGCGCUGAGAGAUGAAGCGCGGGAGGCGAGAGCUGCUGCCAAGGCGAGGGAGAGGGAGGCUGCGAGGAGCAGAGAGGAGCUGGCGAAGGUGAAGCGAUGGAUGGCUGGACGGGCUGGGAGAGGGAGGGCGGCGGCAGCAGCUGGGGGGGAGAAUGCAUGGGGAGGAGUGGACAGUGCUGGGGGGAUUGGAAGGGGUGGUGUGGGGGCAGGUGGAAGUUCGUCAGGGGGGAAUUGUCAAGGGGAAGGGGUAAUUGUAGGGGUUUCGGGUGGAGGGGGUAGCGGAGGAGGUGGUGGGGUAGGUAGCGAUGGUGGGAGUGGGAGUGGCGAGGAGGAUGGGGGUAGCCCUAGUGGACUGUGGGAGGGCCACCAGCAGGAUUUGCGGUUUGGCGAGAUGCUCUCGUGGCCGUUCGAUCUUGUUCUGCCGUCGAAGUUUCUCGGGAGCGGGUAUCAGAAUCCCUGA